GUAUAUCUCCAUUUUUCUGUUUUCAACAAGAGCUAGUUUAAGUAAUUUGGGCAUAACUUCUCCGUAAAAAAUGCAUUCUAAGUCUAAAAACAAUAGAUUGAGCUCACAACUGUCGGCCAGGCCGCAAGUAGCUCAAGAAUCGGAACUUAUCACGCAGGGCGCCGCACUACCUCCUCCAGAUCCUGCAGCGGUACAGAAGCUCAUCGAUGAAGCUAUUGCCCGCGCCCGCGUGAACCGCCCGACGCGCACAACAGAAAAUGUAGAUCCCUGGCAUCUCACUCCCACCACAAUGGGUUCAACAAAUAAGUUUACUAUCUUGAAGCGUCUGAUCGUUGUUUUUCUUUUAACCUUUAUCACAACAUAUUUGAUUAUCACGGGCUAUUGGGGCUAUCGCCAUCUCACCGUAUUUAAAUGAUGAAGCCUUCAGGAGUUGUAACAUUCAUUUUCACUAGAGUAAUUUAUAUACAUUUUGGGAAAACUGAUAUUCUAAUAUUAUAUAGAUCAAUUUAA